AUGAAGCUUUUCGCAUCCUCCUUACUCUUCUUAGCGGCUUCGGCUGCAGCUAACUCGAUUCUACCUGGCCCAACUCCGAGUCCAGUAAAAACUGCGAAACCUGGUGGUCCAGCAAUAGGUGCUGGAGUAGGUGCAGGAGCCAGUGUAGGAGUUAGUGCUAAAAACAAUAUAGGAUCAGGUCUAUCAAUAAGCAAUAGAGUAGGUUCUUCAUCGCGUGUAGGAAUAAGAGCAGGAAGAAAUAUAGGAUCAAAUGCAGGAAUAGGAUCAUUAGCCGGUUAUGGAGCUAGUAUUGGAGCCAAUGCAGGAAAUAAUAUUGGUUCGGGUCUGGGAAUAGCUUCUGAAGUAGGAAAAUCAGGAAAAGUAGCAGCCACUGCAAAACGCAAUAUAGGAAAUAAUCUAGGAAUAGGUUAUAAUGCUGCUUCCAAAGCUAAUCUAGGAGCCACCGCAGGAAAAGAUAUUGGAGGAAAUCUAGGAAUAGGUAAUAGUGUAGGAGAAAAUUCAAAUGUAGGAGCAAGUGCAGGAAAAAACAUUGGUUCCGGUCUAGGAAUAGGUAACGAUGUAGCACAACAAUCGAAUAUAGGAUUAAGUGCUGGACGAAAUAUUGGAUCUAAUGUAGGCAUCGGUUCCAACGUUGGAAAAGGAGCAACUGUAGGAGGAAGUGCAGGAGGAAAUAUUGGACCCAAUGCAGGCAUUGGUAACAAUGUAGGUAGAGGAUCAAAUAUAGGAGCAAGCGCAGAAAAGAAUAUUGGGGACAAUUUAGGAGUAGGCAGCAAUGUAGGACAAAAUUCUAACGUUGGAGUAAGUGCAGGAAAUAAUAUAGGAUAUGGUUUAGGAAUCGGCAAUGGUGUAGGUGCAUCAGCAAAUGUAGCAGCAAGCGCAGGAAAAAAUGUAGGUAAAGGAGUAAAUGUAGGUGCCAAUGUAGGUGCAGGAGCAAGUUUAGGAGCUAGUGCAGGCAACAGUAUUGGAUCUGGAGCAGGAAUAGGAAUAGGUGUAGGCUCAGGAUCAAGUAUAGAUGUUAGUGCAGGAGAAAAUGUAGCAGCUGAUGAUGAUAUUAUUAGCGUUCCGAUAAUACCACCAAGACCUAGACUACCUUUACCAAUCCCACGUCCACGUCCUAGACCAUCUAGCAGUUCUGCAGCACCAACCACUGCCAGUUCAGCCGCACCAAGUCAACCCAGUUCAGCACAACCGUCCAAUCCAUCUUCAGGAGGUGCAGGAGUAGGUGUUGGAGUAGGCCUUGGAGUAGGUGUAGGAAAUGAAGGUGGAGUAGGAGCCGGACUAGGCGUAGGGAUGCUACUAGAACAUAGUGCAGUGGCUGAAAUAGGAGCUGGUGUAGGUGUAGGAGCUGAUGUGGGUGUAGGAUCUCUUGUGGAUGUAGGAGCUGGUGUGGGUGUAGGAGUUGAUGAGGAUCUAGGAGAUGUUUUGGAAGGUGUAGAAGCAGAUGUAGGAAUGAAUGCAAGAGUUAAUACAGAAAUAGGUGCAAGAAAAGGUGUAGAAGAAGAUACAGCAAUGAGUCCUUUUCCAGAUAAACCUCUUCUAACUCAUCUACUUUAUCCUCAUAUUCUUAUUUCUAUUCCUUACCCGUAUCCGUCCAGUAUUAAAACAUCUAACAUUGAAUAUACUAGCUCCGAACAACUGAGCAAAAGCACCUGGGGAGUCUAUACCACAUAG